UGAUGCAGCAUUCCGUUCUCCUUUUGAUCUGAUCUGCUUGGAGCAUCCCCUGCCUGGCCAAUAAGUUGGAGAUACUCAUCGAACUCCCACUUUUGGCACCCCAAGUAUCGACAACAAUGGCAGCUGAGCUCGUCAACGCGGCAACGAGCGAUAAAUUGAACGAGAUGGAUUGGACCAAGAACAUUCAGAUCUGCGAACUUGUGGCGCGUGAUCAGAGGGCUGCGAAAGAUGCCAUUAAAGCAAUUAAAAAAAGGUUGGGAGAUAAAACCCCAACUUCGCAACUGUAUGCAAUUAUGUUAUUGGAGAUGCUGAUGAACAACGUCGGUGAGUAUAUUCAUAAGCAAGUGAUUGAAUCAGGAAUUCUUCCCAUUCUUGUAAAGAUAGCGAAGACAAAGACUGAUUUCUCCAUACAAGAGAGGAUAUUUCAUCUGCUAGAUGCAACACAAUCCUCCCUUGGUGGCGCUUCGGGGAAUUUCCCUCGAUAUUUUUCUGCAUAUCAGGAUUUGAUGAGCUUAGGAAUACAGUUUCCUCAACAGCAUCAAUCUGCACCUUCUGAUCCAUCUGUCAUACAAGUAAAUGGGAGUGCACCAUCAGCCUCUACUUUUCAAGCAGAGAAGAAUAUCAUGUCUAGUCAGGAAGAGGCCUCUGCCAGAGGUAAUAGACUUCCGCAUCAACCAGAAGUACAGUGCAUUCCUGAAUCAAGUAUUAUUCAAAAGGCUAGGAAUGCAUUGGAGGUUUUGAAAGAGGUCAUGACUACUGUUGAUGGUCAACAGACUCAACAUUCUCUGGGUGCAAAGGAUGAAUUCACCCUUGAUCUUGUGGAGCAAUGCUCUUUCCAGAAACAACGAGUAAUGCAUCUUGUUCUAACAUCUAGGGAUGACAAUGUAGUUUCUCAAGCAAUUGAAUUGAAUGAGCAACUCCAGAAGGUACUUGAAAGACACGAUGCCCUUCUUUCUGCUAGAACUGGAACAAGUGCACAUCUUACUGAUUGUAAACCAGAGGAGGAAGAAGAAGCUCAACAGCUUUUCCGAAGGAUACGGAGAGGAAGAGCGUGUGCGAGGUUUGAAAACGAAGAGAACUCCAAGCAGAGGCACACUCUAGAGUUGUCAGAAUCGUCCAAUUCAGAUCAAUCUUCUGUACGAGGAAUUGUGUAUGAAACAUCAAAACCUACGAGAAAAGCAGAUAAGAAUAAUGUGUCCAAUCAGGAGGUAGCAUUUGCCAGUGGGAAUGGACUUUCUCAGCAACCAAAAGUACAGUGCAUUCCUGAAUCAAGUAUCAUUCAGAAAGCUAGGAAUGCAUUGGAGGUUUUAAGAGAUGUCCUUGAUAAUGCUGAUGGUCAACAAACUCAACAUCCUUUGGGCGCCAACAAUGAGUUCACCCUUGAUCUUGUUGAGCAGUGCUCUUUCCAAAAACAAAGAGUGAUGCAUCUUGUUCUAACAUCCCGGGACGAGAAAACAGUUUCUCAGGCAAUUGAAUUGAAUGAGCAACUCCAGAAUCUACUUGACAGAUAUGAUGCGCUACUUUCUGGUCAAACUGGGAUGGCUGCAAGCAAUGUAGAUUGUGAAGCAGAUGAGGAAGAAGAGCCUCAACAACUUGUCAGAAGGAUACGAAAAGGAAAAAAUUAUGUGAGACCUGAAGAUGAAGAGAGCUCUAUGAGGAGCCACACUCUGGACUUGCUAGAACAAACAAAUUCAAGAAAACAAGUAAAUCGCCAGCUCAAACAACCAGCAUGCACUGAGCCAUCUGAGUCCAAUGGGCAGCUUUUGCCUGUCGCAAUUCCACCCCCGCCUGCAAAACACGUUGAGAGGGAAAAGUUUUUCAAGGAAAACAAACUGGCUGGCGCUGCCAUGGCUGGCCAGAUGAGGUGUCUGUCAUUACAGAACGUUGAUGGCAGCAGCUCUCACAGUGGGAACAGUAACUGUAGUGACAAAAAAUAACUGGUAUCAUGCUGUGCUUCGAUAGUCUUGCUUAUGGCUGUAUUCUAGUAGGUUUUUUUUUGCUGAUCUACCGAUGGGUAUUGUGAAAGAGAGAACAGCUACGACAUGAUUGUAUAGAGAGCAUUCAGGUUCAGACAGAGGUAUUCGACCGAAUAUAUGACCAUUCUCUUUCAACUACUGGGUUAAAUUUGCCUCAUUUUGUGGAGGAAUGUAGAUUUCUGAUUUUUCUCCCUC